CUUGACUUGUUUUAGUUUAAAUGAAUGCAACAAAAAAGCAUGGAAAAGUUUUUAAGGGGAUCCGCGGAUUGUGUAAGCUAUGGCGGAGGAGAAAGAGGUAAAACUCUUGUAUGUCUUUCCCAGCCCCUUUGUUCUUCGAGUGGUGCUAGUUCUUGAGCUCAAAGGAAUCACGUACGAGAUCAUCCCCGACGAUCUCUUCAACAAGAGCUCACUGCUGCUCCAAUUGAAUCCCCUGUACAAGAAAUUUCCCGUCCUGAUCCACAAGGGCCAGCCCAUCUGCGAUUCGCGCAACAUCAUCGAGUACCUAGACGAGACAUUCCCACACACGCCCGCGGUUCUUCCCAGAGACCCUCUCGCGCGAUCCAGGGAGCGAUUCCUGGCCGAGUUUGUGGAGAACAAGAUCUUCGCCACUUGCGGCAAUAUCAACUUCGGGCUGGGCGCCACUCCCGCGGAUCUAGCCAAGAGCUGCGAGCUCUUCGAGGAGGAGCUACGCAAGCACGAAUGCACGCCCUUCUUCGCCGGCGACAAGCUAGGGCUCGUUGAUAUCGUGCUCCUCGCGCCCGCAAUCUGGGCUCGCGACCAAAUGCCAUCGGCAGAUCACUGCCCCAAUCUCCACAGGCUGCUGUGCGCGCUGCGCGAUCAUCCAGUCGUGAAAUCCGCGCUCCCCGAUGCUGACACCGUGGAAACCCUGUUGACCCAAGCCAUGCCAAUGCUCGAGCAGCUCUAUGGCGGCAAGCCCUAGUCCUUUAAAAUUCAUCGAAUAUUCUCAAAGACAAGCAAAUUUUAGCAA